GAAGGGUGUGGUUUCAUAGAUUUCUAUAACACGAGGCACUCCAUUACCGGCGUUUUAGUAGUAACACGCCUAGGGAAUUUAUCAAUCUUUGGUGUACUAUUUAUUUAUUUAUUGUGGAGUGGCUUUAUCUUAAAUUUAAACAUGCUUGGCCUGUGCCUUUAUGUGCCUGUUCCGAAUUCGGAUCCUAUUGAAUUCGAGUAUUAUGAGUCCAAUGGACUACCAUCGGAGCUGAAAUCGCUCUUCAAAUUGAGUGUGUUUCUACCGUCCCAAGAAUGUUCAAUUUAUCGGAAAUGGCGAAAGAAAGUGGUGAAAAGUGCAGACAAUGACCUGGAUGGGCAGAUGGUCUUUGAGGAGUUUGUUCACUAUUUACAAGAUCAGGAGAAAGAUCUGAAACUCGUCUUCAAGAACCUGGACAGAAGAAGAACUGAUAAAAUGGAUUCUAAGGAGAUCAUGCAGUCUCUCCAGGACCUUGGUGUUCACAUAUCCCAGCAGCAUGCAGAGAAGGUCCUACAGAGCAUGGAUAAGAAUGGAACAAUGACCAUUGAUUGGAAUGAGUGGAGCAACUACCCUCUGCUACAGCCCAAAGAGAACAACAUCCCUGAGAUCACCCUAUACUGGAAACACUCCACGCUGUUUGACGUAGGCGACAAUCUGAUGGUGCCUGAUGACUUCACGACAGAGGAGAAACUGACAGGGAUGUGGUGGAGGCAUCUGGUAGCAGGUGGAGGUGCAGGAGCAGUGUCCCGAACAUUCACCGCCCCCUUAGACCGACUCAAAGUACUCAUGCAGGUCCACGGUUCCCGUAGCAACAACAUGUGCAUCAUGAGUGGGCUCACCCAGAUGAUCAAAGAAGGUGGGAUGAGGUCGCUGUGGAGAGGGAACGGAAUCAACAUUAUCAAAAUCGCCCCUGAAUCCGCCAUCAAGUUCAUGGCCUAUGAGCAGAUCAAGCGUUUGAUUGGCAGUGAUAAGGAGACACUUGGCAUCCUGGAGCGUUUUGUAGCUGGCUCUAUGGCUGGAGUCAUCGCUCAGAGCACCAUCUACCCCAUGGAGGUUCUGAAAACACGGCUUGCCCUGCGAAAGACAGGUCAGUGCUCUGGCAUCUCUGACUGUGCAAAGAGCAUCUUCAGGAGAGAGGGACUAGGUGCCUUUUACAAGGGCUUCAUCCCCAACAUGAUGGGCAUCAUCCCCUAUGCUGGAAUGGACCUGGCUGUGUAUGAGACAUUGAAGAACUCUUGGUUAGAGAAGUAUGGUGCCAACAGUACUGACCCGGGAGUGUUAGUUCUGCUUGGAUGUGGCACAGUGUCCAGCACCUGUGGUCAGCUGGCCAGCUACCCCCUGGCCCUUGUCAGAACCCGCAUGCAGGCACAAGCCAUGCUGGAGGGCAGCCCACAGAUGACAAUGUCAGGGCUCUUCAAACAAAUCAUCCAGACAGAAGGGGCCACUGGUCUCUACAGGGGCCUGGCCCCCAACUUCCUGAAGGUCAUUCCAGCUGUCAGCAUCAGCUAUGUGGUGUACGAGAACCUGAAGACAUCGCUGGGAGUUAAGUCGCGAUGAGGUGACUCACAUCUGAAUGGAUCUUCAACCCCUCAGUUGAGGCUAAGGAAUCUGAGACUCUUGGUACUUGAGGUUUAUGGAGCCAUCUCAUUCUGUGAAUGCCAGAAGAUGGAGAACAAGGGACAACAGAAUGAAAUGGUAUCAAAUCUGUGAGCUGAAACAGAGGGAAAGGGGAGCUUCUCUCAGUAUUGCUAUUGCUGCUAUUAUUUAAUAGUUUAUUUAGAAGCUCAAUUAUUGAGUUAGGACCAGAAUUCUAUAUUGAAUGUUGGUUAAAUAUCUACCCAACUGAGUGAGUAACUCCAUAAUUGGGGACCAAUUCUUGUUCUUGUUGCCACUUUGUGGUAUAGUGCCUCUGAAAAUGUUCCUGUUUCUAUGGCUUCACUCAGUAAAUCAGGUUAAGCAACAGUUCAAACUGCACCAGUCCCCUUAAGUAGAAACUACUUCAGUUAUGCCCAAUCUAACAUGAUGUUUUCAGACAUUUUCCUUAGCAUUAACAGGUUUUCUGAGUAGUUAUUGGUUCUUUCCCCACACCUGCUUUUGUCUUUGCCUGAUAUGAACAUUUAUAUUAAUUAGUGUUCCCUUCCCUGUAUGUAGGCAAUAGGACAAAAGCACAUGUGGUGAAUAUUUUCCCUUCUCAAUCGUUACAGAUGAACAAUUUAUUCGCACUGCCAUUUCUGACUGAAUGAUGCUGUAUUUCUGAUUGAGUGAAGUAUUUAUUGAUGUCCAUAUCGAUCUAAUAUUUAUUCUUUUUUUUCUUUUUCUUUUGAGCGAAGAUGAUGGCGUUAAGUUUCUGUUCAGAACACGGCAGUAACUGGCUUUAUGCUCAUAAGUUUGACUUGUUAUGGAAAACUAACUGAAGAGCCAUAUUUACCAUUUAUGUAUUAAGAAGUGGGUAUGUUUGCAAAGCUUUAAAUUGAGUCAAUUUUGCCUAUUUGUCCUCUAUAUAUAUUUGAAUAGUUUGUUAGUUUACGUUGGUUGUUUUGUUAUCGAAAUGAAUUGCUUCUGUUUUGGUUGUCAGGUCACUUAAUCAAUGUCUUUGUACCUAAAACCAAAACUUGAUUUUAGAGCUUUGAGUAGAUUAACACUAAUGCACUUUAAUAAUGCUGGAGACACAUUUGAAGGUUUUGCAUUAACUUUAGAUACACAGUUGGAAACCACUUCAACUUUGGUUAAACCUUUUUUUUUUAUGGACCAUUUGGUACAAUGUUCUUUGAGCAAAUAAAUUAAAAGGAUAUGUAAUAUUCA